AUGGAAGGAUUUGAUGAUCCAGGAAUUUUUUUUUCGGAUAAUUUUUCAGUAGGUGAAUCUAAUGAAACUCAAACUAAUCUUCAAUUUUCGAAAAAGAAGUUUAUGGAAUUCAUAAGACAAUUCCAUGAGGGCAAUUUCAAUUACAAAUAUAGAGAUACUUUAAAACGAAAUUACAAUUUGGGUCAAUAUUGGGUAGAAAUUAAUUUAGAAGAUCUAGCAGCAUUUGAUGAAUCACUAGCAGAAAAAGUUUAUAAACAUCCAACAGAAUAUUUACCUAUUUUGGAGGAAGCUGCAAAAGAUUUAGCAGAUGAACUUACAGCUCCAAGACCAGAAGGAGAAGAAAAAGUUGAAGACAUACAAGUAUUAUUAUCUUCAGAUGCACACUCAAGUUCCUUAAGAGGAAUAAAACCUGAUGCAGUUUCUAAACUUACUAAAAUAUCUGGUAUUAUUGUUUCUGCAUCUGGGAUUAGAGCAAAAGCAACAAAGAUUGCUAUACAAUGUCGUUCUUGCAGAAGCAUGCAAACUAACAUUUCCAUUAAACCUGGUUUAGAAGGAUAUGUUUUACCUAGAAAAUGUACAACAGAACAAGCAGGACGACCAAAAUGUCCUUUGGAUCCAUUUUUUAUAAUGCCAGAUAAAUGUAAUUGUGUUGAUUUUCAAGUUCUUAAAUUACAAGAAUUGCCAGAUCAUACUCCACAGGGUGAAAUACCAAGGCAUUUACAAUUGUAUUGUGAUCGUUAUUUAUGUGAUAGAAUUGUACCAGGCAAUAGAGUUCUUAUUUUGGGUAUAUAUUCAAUUAAAAAGGUUACUAGUAAUACUGUCAGAGGAGGAGGAAAAGAUAAAGCGUUAGUUGGUGUUCGAGCUCCAUAUAUAAGAGUUAUUGGUAUUUCUGUAGACGGAGAAAAUACUGGUAGUACCCAUCCAUGUGUUACAAAUGAAGAAGAAGAUUUAUUCAGACGCUUAGCAUCAGAUUCUAAUUUAUAUGAAAGAAUUGCAAAGAGCAUAGCUCCUAGUAUUUUUGGUGCAUUAGACAUUAAGAAAGCUAUAGCAUGUUUAUUAUUUGGUGGUUCCAGAAAAAGAAUGCCUGAUGGUCUUUGUAGAAGGGGAGAUAUUAAUAUUUUAAUGUUAGGUGAUCCUGGUACAGCUAAGUCGCAGUUAUUAAAAUUUGUAGAAAGAGUUUCACCAGUUGCAGUUUAUACAUCUGGAAAAGGAAGCUCGGCUGCUGAUUUAUAAAAAUAUUUCGUUCAAUUUGUGAGAAAUUUUGUCAUGGAAGGAGGUGCUAUGGUUCUUGCAGAUGGUGGUGUUGUAUGCAUAGAUGAGUUUGAUAAAAUGAAGGAAGAUGAUAGAGUUGCAAUACACGAAGCUAUGGAACAACAAACAAUAUCUAUUGCAAAAGCGGGGAUAACUACAACAUUAAAUACCCGGUGUUCUGUUUUAGCAGCAGCAAAUUCGAUAUUUGGUCGUUGGGAUGAUAUAAAAGGAUUGGAAAAUAUCGAUUUCAUGCCAACGAUCUUAUCACGUUUCGAUAUGAUAUUCAUUGUUAAAGAUGAACAUGAGCAAAGUAAAGAUGUAACGUUAGCGAAACAUGUAAUGAGUAUCCACACCAAUGCUGGUCAAGUUACAGAACAAUCUGCAGAAGGAGAAUUACCAUUGCACAUUUUAAAGAAAUAUAUUCACUACUGUAGAACUCGUUGUGGUCCAAGACUUAGUAAAGAAGCAGGAGAAAAAUUAAAAAAUCGUUACGUUGUAAUGCGAGCAAGCACCAGAGAUCAUGAAAAGGAUACGGAAAAAAGACUGUCUAUUCCCAUCACAGUUCGCCAGUUAGAAGCUAUUAUAAGAACUUCAGAAUCUUUAGCUAAAAUGCAAUUACAAUCUUUUGCUACAGAAGUCCAUGUCAAUGAAGCGCUUAGGCUUUUCCAAGUAUCUACUUUAGAUGCUGCAAUGUCUGGAUCAUUGGCAGGUGUAGAAGGAUUUACCUCGGACGAAGAUCACGAAAUGUUAUCUCGCAUUGAAAAACAAUUGAAACGGAGAUUUCCUAUUGGGAAUCAAGUAUCGGAGCAAAAUAUUGUUAAAGAUUUUAUAAAACAAGCAUAUCCAGAGCGUGCUAUUUAUAAAGUUAUACACACAAUGAUACGUCGCGGGGAACUUCAGCAUCGAAUGCAACGUAAAAUGUUAUACAGAUUGCAUUGAAAUUUAACGACAUUCCUUUUUUACAUUAAAUGUUAUAUAUUUAUUCGUUAUGAAGUAUUUUAUCAGUUUGUACUGUAUUUUAUUGAUUUUUAAUGUAUAAAUAUGCAUAAAU